UGUUGUCUGUCGUCAUUCAUGAAUCAUGUGAUUCGACAGAUUCUGCGUGUUGAGCAAAACAAUUCUGGUCUUGUGUGUUUAUGCACUAACUUGGUGACCAAUCAAACUCAGAGACUAGUUAGAAGGUCGCUUGUUCAACGAACUAUUGUUAAGGGUUUGAGUUCGAGAAAAAUGGCAACUGCAGAGAAUAAAGAUUUUUGGAAGACCGCAAAGUCAAUAUAUGAGUUUUCUGCCAAAGACAUUGAUGGGCAAGAAGUUUCAUUAGAAAAAUACAAAGGGAAGGUGGUUCUGGUUGUGAAUGUAGCCACCCAAUGAGGCUUCACCGACAAGAACUACACUCAACUACAAGCUUUGCACGCCAAGUAUGUUGAGUCAGGUCUUGCCAUUCUUGCCUUUCCUUGCAACCAGUUUGGAAACCAGGAACCAGGUACUGAGGAAGAGAUUAAAAAGUUUGCCACAGAAAAAUAUGGUGUCCAGUUUGAUAUGUUCAGCAAAAUCAACGUCAAUGGUGAUGCUGCACACCCAUUGUAUAAAUAUCUCAAACAAGAGCAGAAGGGGACCCUGGGGAAUUUUAUCAAAUGGAACUUCACCAAGUUUCUUGUCAAUAGGGAAGGCAAACCAGUCAAUAGAUAUGCUCCAAACAAAGAACCUUUUGCUAUUGAAAAAGACUUACAGAAAUACUUCACCAGUUCAGAGAAAUAAGAAAUUAUUGAACAAUGUUUGGCUUUAAAUUUUUUAUUCCAGUGGUUGUGAUAUGACAUAAUACCUCAUUCUUUCCGCUAAAUUGUCGGUAGACAGACUUUAUGAAGGUUGGCCUCGAAACCACAAAGUGGAUGGGGUUAGCUGGAGUCAGAAAUGGCGUGCAAACUUGUCUGUUUGCUGACACAGGCGGAAAUAAUUAGGAAUGCAGAUAUAUCGCAGUCAGCAAUGUUUUCAAUGUUGUUUUGUAUAUUUUUGUUACUUGUGUUAUUUAUCUUGUCUUUUGUGAUAAUGCUUCAGUCAGUUGUCUUUUGUUUUCUUUCCUCUCCUUUACUACAAAGUACAUAGCUGGGCUUUUAAGGAAGUAUGUUUUUCAAAGCAAUUAUUUUGCCAGAUGAAAAAGACAUUUGUAAUUAAUUUUCCACAUUCAUCUGUGGAAUACUCAUAUUUAUAUGUGAACAUAAAUGUAAACCAUGGCAGUAUGACUGAUUCAUGCAAUAAUCUUGUUACAAAUUCAAUAAUGAUAAUUUUUAGUAUUUAGAAGCUGCACAAAAUGGCUUGAUAUGUUCUAAAAUUCUGCGAUUAUUAAUUUAGUUAGCUUCAGACUUAUUUUAUUUUUGGUGCUUUCAUUGCAGACAUGACAACUUUAGCCUUACAUUAAUAAAAAUGUAAAAUCAGUGUGCAUAGACAAAAGCCCCAACACACUUGGACUUGUUCUGAGAGAGAGAGAGAGAGGACCAAAUGAGUACUACUGACUGAUACAUAAUUUGCAUAUCUUCUCAAUAUCAACCCAACAGCUGACAUGGUUGGCAACAGGCCAGUGAACAUGAUUUCAUGUUGACCAAAUAAUGUUUUUUUAAUUGUAAAGAGAUCUAGUUUGACACAAUAUUUACUUCCGGAUUAUCCGUCCUGUUUUAUCACCCGUUUGGCAUUGAGGUUUUUUAAAAAGGUCUGUAGCAAGUUUAGAAGGGUUAUUGCAUAGUUCAGAAAUGUUUCCAGUUAUUGCUAUGCAUGCAUUUAUAAAAAUCUUAAUUUGUAUUAUGCAUUUUUAAAUUAUUUUUUUACACUUGAAUGGCAUUCGACCAGUUAUUAACAUGAACUGAUUUAGAUCAUUCUUUUUAAUGUUUAUAGCCCAUCUUAAUGUUAUGUAUAAGAACUAGUAUUGGAUUCUUAAAAGGAAAUUUGAUGAUUUGAUUGAACUUGGCCAACAUGUUAAAAUAAUAUCAAUAAAUGAUUAAUUCCAAAGAUUGUAUUCACAUUUUGAUGUAAUAACAAGGGAUCCAACUCCUAAUGGACAUGGCAAGACUUGCAUGGUGAAAAUGAGACUGGUGAAUUCUUGCAUUUUAACUUUUAACAACUGCAGGCUUCAUACAAGUUAUGGAAAUCCUUAAAAGUCAUAGUAUUUGAAAAUGUCAUUUUCCAGUUUUAAGUCAUGGACCUUCAGUUGGGUGAUGCAAGGCAUGGAAAAAAAAUGAAAAUUAUAUGUUGAAACUUGUUUUGUCCCCCAUUUAUAAGAAGAGAAGCAAUUAGCAUCAAAACAUUGUAACAUAUAUUGAUAGUAGCAAAUCCUUAAAAAUCCAGAACAAGCAAAUGAGAAAAAACCCUUUAAAAAGCCAUAGAAUUUGGUUCCUAACAUUGUAUGAACCGUGACAAGUUGUCUUUGCACAAGUGUGACCAGGCUUAUUACAAUUAAAACUCCCACCUCACAGUACAUGUAGCUUUGUUUUUAAUAAUACAACAAACAUUGUUUGAAACCAAUUGUAACCUGAUUUGUUUUAGUUUUGUGUCUAAAUUCAGCAUGGAUGAAGUGAGGAAAAGAUCUCAAUUUUGUAAUAAAUUUUAAUGUUUAGUAAAUUAAUAAAACAUCUUUUAUUAGGUUUUGCAAAGAAGCAGACAUAUUGAAUUCAACUGUUGUGACAAAGUGGAAAUAGCUUUAAGUUCCAUAGUAUUAUUUUAUGUGAUUAAUGUAGUUUUUUGGUUAUGAUUUUCUAGUGAGUUGGUAUAUGCAGUCACAGUAUCUUUGUAUAUAUAUUCUUUGAUGUAUUUGUGUUGAUAAUAAUAUUAAUUUCAUUUUUUUUUUUUUUUUUAAAUAAAUAUGAAAUUGAACAAUUUACGUUAAUUUGUAAGUUAUCUUCAGAUGUUGCAGAAUAUGCUGCUGAAUUCUUCAAAUUCUACUGCAGAAUAUGUCUAAUCUUAGUGCAGAAUUUUUUUUUUUUUUUUUUAAAUAAAUCGUUUAUUGCCCCAGAAAUAUGUUAUUAUAGUGUCAGGAUUGGGGCCCUGAAUUCACUACCUUACAACGUACAUAGUAAACAAUCGUUAUAAACUGUUAAUCUACAAAUAUUAUGCCUUUUUCAAUAUAGUGUUUAUAAAAUAUUGUUUUUUUUAUCAAUUAAUAUUUUAUUAAUAUUAGAACUUAACAAAUCAUCAUUAUUAAAGGCGAGUUUAUGUUGAAGUUAAUAAUAUUAUUGGUAUUUUAUUUUUAGGCGUUUGGUUUUCAGUAUCUCUAAAAAACAAAUAUGUGAUUUACAUUGGUGUUUUGAAAUGUAAAAGGAGUCCUAGGAAUUAAUUUGAUUUCUGUUUAGAAAUGAUCUUUUUGCAGUGUAUGUAAUCCAGGUUAACCUUUAGCGCGAGGCCUCUUGCUGCUUUGGAUGCUAGUUAUUUGUAGAUAUUGACAUACACCAGGGGUCACAUUAGUUUAGUUUAGCUAAUUUUUAAACACAGAGAAAAUUCGUAAAAAGUGAAUAAAUAAAUAAAUUUUUAGCAGUCAAAAUCUCUUGCAGCCACUUUUAAAAUAAAAUUUAGCAAUUGGCUAAUUUGGCAAUGGGCAUAGUGAGCAUUGAUAAAUGUAGGCUGUUGUUUUUUGCAUUGUAGAUAUGAGUGCACAUAAAUGUAGUUCUUUGUAUGCAAUCCACCCCAAAAAAAAAAGAAAAAGAAAAAAAGCUUGCUAUACAUAAUUCUAGGUGAAGCAUGCUCCCUAACUUUUUAGAAUUCUAGAGGAGUGCAAAUUUCUAACCCAAGAAUACUGUAUUAGGAUGACAUGCACAUGGUUAUCUUGGAAAUAGUUUGAUGGUAAUUAAAUGGGGUUUACAGUUUUGUGCUGAUAAAAUGUUGCCUUUACAUGGAUCUUGAUGUACAUACACUUAAGUAUUUUACUUUUCCUUACAAUCCAAGUACAGACCUUCCAGUGAAGUUAGUGGUUGUUUGUUGUCUUCUGAUCAUGAUUGCUUUAGAAUAUAGUUUUUACUGUGUAAUUUUGUGUUUUGUGUAAAUCAACAAGGUGAAUGAAGAUACCUGUUUGCUGAGUUCAAUAUCAUGUUAAUGUAACUACAAUUAAUGUUUUUAGAAGGGUGCGCAACAAUUAAAACAACAAAGAGGUUUUGUAAUUUUCUCUAUUCACUAAUACCACAGUGGCACUACAUUUGUGUAUGGUACCUAGAUCUAAAAAUCCAGUUCUUUUUUGUUAUAUGCAAGCCUGGGACUCUGUCUUUCCAGUAAUAUACCUUAACAUCACACGUUAAAAAAUUUAUAUAAGAUGUUUGCAGUUAUUCAGCAUGUGUUGCUAUUGUGAUAGACAUUGAAUAAUGGCUGAUUAAACAAUGUGCCAGAAUAUAAACAUUUCAUUCAUUUCAGAAUGGCAGACAUCAUUAUUUACAUUAUAUGAUUUAGACUUGCAUAUAUCCAGUGACAUUGAGUUAGCAGGUAUGAGACUCGAGAACUCCCUCCCCAAAUUUUUUUUUUUUUUUUUUUUAAAUUGAAGAGCUUGGUUGAUAGUUUGCUUUGAAGAUUAAACAUAAUAAGUUUAAAAACCACAAUCAUUAAGGAAAUUUUUCCAUUUACUGUUUUAUAUCCAACAUACGUGAGAAAAAUGUUAAUGUGGUACAUGGUUGCAUGGAUGUUUAUGUAGCUAGUUACAUUAAAAGACUAAUAAAAUGAUAUUUGUUGUCAA